GAGAGGGAGCUGGUGUCUUCUCUGCCAGCAUUUGCAUCAGCUGCGUUUCAGAAGAAUCCCUGCUGCCACAGCCGUGCAGUCAUCCGGGGAGCAGGAUGCUCAGGGCAGAUGAAGGGAUGGGAAUAGAGGCUGCUUUACUCCAUGGGAAGUGCCUCAGCAGUGUUCACAAGGUACAGUGAUUGAUUUCCAGUAUGAAGCUCAGCAGUGGGAGUAAAAUCAUUUCCAUCCUCAAAGACAGAAGCAGCAGCAGCAGCAGCAGCGGCAUCAGGGAAAUAUUCUGGUUCAGCACGGGAUGUGACUGAAGACUCUGACAAUCCCAGCUUCACCCUCCGGACCUUCAAAACCACAUUUGACCCAAUUUUCCAACCUGGUACUUUCUGACCGCGCUCCCUGGCUUUGAAGGAUGGGUGAUGGGCCUGUGACUGACGCCGCCCGCCUGCCCCAUCCUACCCUUCAAUGGAGCCGACGUGGAACUCCUCCCACACGACUCCACAGCCCGUCUCCAACGUGUCCGCCUUGUCGCUGCCCGAAGGCUGGGCUCUGUCCCAGGCGCUAGCCCUGCUAGCGAUGCUGCUCAUGGAUCUGCUGGCUGUGGUGGGCAACGUGGCUGUCAUGGCAGUCAUCGCCAAGGCCCCGCAGCUCCACAAGUUUGCCUUCGUCUUCCACCUGUGUGUGGUGGACCUCCUGGCAGCCCUGGUGCUGAUGCCGCUCGGCAUGCUCUCGAACGGGGCCUUCUUUGGCGAGGCCUUGUGCCGGAGCUACGUCUUUCUUAGCGUGUGCCUAGUCAGUGCUGCCAUUCUCUCAAUCUCCGUCAUCAAUGUGGAGCGGUACUACUACAUCAUACAUCCCAUGCGUUAUGAGGUGAAGAUGACUGUUGGUCUGGUGGCUUCAGUGCUGGUGGGGAUCUGGGUCAAAGCUCUGACCAUGUCUGCUCUGCCGCUGCUCGCUUGGUUCCUGCAAGGCGGAAGAACUCCUCUCCUGGAGAGCGGUGGGGUCGGCGGAGGAGAUGGAGGGGCCAUCCCACCUCCCCCCACCUCUCAGGGUCACCGGCGCUGCUCCCUUCACUGGACUGGAGGAGGCUCAAACCGCUUAGCCUUCAUGGUCCUUUUCACUCUUGUGUACUUCCUCUGCCCGCUGUUGGUUAUCCUCGUCGUUUACUGCAACAUGUUCAAAGUGGCUCGGGUGGCCGCCAUGCACCAUGGGCCGCUUCCUACUUGGAUGGACACGCCGCGACGGCAGCGGUCAGAGUCGCUCAGCAGCAGGUCCACUAUGGUCACCAGCUCUGGCACGGGGACUGGCACCGACAGAGCCACUCCACACCGACCCUUCGGGGGAGGAAAAGCUGCGGCCGUGUUGGCGGCUGUAGGUGGGCAGUUCCUGUGCUGCUGGCUGCCCUACUUCACUUUCCACCUGUACUCAGCUCUGGCUGCCAGUCCACCCGCUGCACUGGCCUCUCUGGAGGAAGUGGUGACCUGGAUCGGCUACUUCUGCUUCACCUCCAACCCGUUCUUCUACGGCUGCCUGAACAGACAGAUCCGCGAGGAGCUCGGCAAGCAUCUUCCUUGCCUGUUUCGCAGAGCUGGGGUCGAAAUGGAGGACAGACUGCCGAGCCGUGACGGGUCCAUAGAGGAGAACUUUCUUCAGUUUCUUCAAGGCACUGCCUGCAACCUGGACCCUCAAAACUCUCGCAGCACUUCCAGCCCGAAGGGGGGAGAGGCCUGCUGCCCUGUUGCUCAGUGCCAACCGACUGAGAUAGCACAACCCAUUCCUAUUGAUUUCCGCAUCCCUGGACAGAUUGCAGAGGAGACUUCAGAGUUUAUUGAGAUUGAACAGGCAAAAAACAACCAUAUAUAUACAGACAAUUAGUUUUCAUGUUGCAAGCAAAGACAUAAAGAGUUUCAGGAAAUUUUCUCUUUUUUUCACCUUUUUUGAAAGAUGUGACUUGAUUUGACCCAUUAGGUUUUCAGCAUAUUUUUCAGCUCCUAGUGUCAAAUUUACGGUGCCUCGCAGAAGUAUAAAUACUAAUUGAGCUUUUUCACAUUUUUAACAUUACAACUGAAAAGUCUGUGUAUCAUUUAUUCUUCAAAGUUGUUUAUGAAGUGGAAAGAAAAUGUACAUAGAUUUACAAGUUUUUACAAAUUUAAAAGGAUAUGUAAAUUUACAAAUACAAAUCUGAAAAGAGUCCGCAUGUAUUCCCUUACUAACCUCCUUUACACUCAAAUAAAUUGCCUUAAGAUGUCACCUAAUUAAACCAAAGCAAGUAUUAUCCCUGUGUCUAAAUUGAUCUUUGAAUAAAUGUAGUUGCUCUUGAGAGACUAGUUAGAGAACAAACAGCAUCAUACAGACCAAGGAACACAGCAGAAAGGUCAGGGAUAAAAUUGGGGCGAAGAUCAAAGCAGGUCAGAAAACAAUAUCCUGACAAUGUCCCAACCUUUCAGUACCUCUAGUUCAAUCUAGUUCUUUCUAGUUCAAUCAGUUGUCCAGAAAUCGAAAUUGAGUAGCAAACCUACCAAGAUGGCCGCCCACCUAAACCAAUGGCUAGCAGUUUUUACAAAAACAUUUUGCUUAGAAAAUCAAAAACAACAUCUCUCUUUUGAUGCAAAACAGCUUGUUUUCAUAAUACAUGCUAUAGAAAAUUUCUUUAGAUUUUUAAACAAAUUGCAAAGUGCAAAACAAUUGAAAUGGAGAGUUUUACCUUUCAGCAGGAUAACCACCCUUAAUAAUCAGAAAGUUUAGGGUAAAACACUGUGGCUUACAUCACAGCAUGUUCAAGCCUAGUCAAAGUCUAGGCCUAAUCUGAAUGUGUCUAAAACUGUGAAAAGACUCACGGUUAAAACAUGCAACUUACAGUAACUAAAAACUAUGUAUUAUUUUCCUUUCACUUCACAACAAUGUUCUACUUUCUGUUGGCCUGACACAUAUAAGUCCAGUCAAAUACAGAACAUUUUGUUGUAAUUUGAUAAAUUGUGAAAAAAUUUCAAAAGGUAUUAAUAUUUCUGCAAGAGAUUGUAAAGGAUUGUGUUUCUAACUGUUCCUUAAAAAAGGGGCCAUUCCUAUACAAGUGAUGAAUUUGAAGAAUUGCUGCACUUUGGCUUUAAACUCAAACACUCAGCUCAGAACCUUGAAAAUUCACACUGAAAGAACCCUUUAAAAAAUGCAAAGUCAUACAUUGUAACAGUAUUUAGAAAUCUAGUUACAUGAGGGGAACAAAAUGGCGCUUUAGGGAAUGUUUUUGUAAUUUUAGGGGAUCAAAUAUAAAGUCUAUGAUACAAAUACAACAUUUUUUGGUCUAAAUAAGUUGGUUUUGGUGAAUUUUUUUAUGAAAUUAGAACAAGACAGUAAUAAAAUGACUGUCUUGUUUAAUCUAAAACGCCAGUCCCCAAAUCCAGCCUGGUGGUUUAAUUUUUUAUGGAAGUGGUGCAGAUGAUGCAGCUUUCUUUCUUUCAAUAAGACCUUCUUUAUUUUUCCGAAGUAAUCAGGUGAGAUUUAAAGUGGCUCCAUUUAGAUUAAAAAACAUCUUCAGGGUUAUUGAAACUCUCUGCCAUGCAGUUUACGAAGCAGGAUGUUUGGAUAUGGCUUUUUAAACAGUAUUAUAUGAGAGCACUGCAUUACAUCCAAAUAGGGUUCUGUUUCUUUUGUUGUUUAAUGUAAUAAACUGUGUUUAUUUUUUUUUUUGUAAGAACAUAUAUGUUUAUGUUGUGUACGCCACUCAGUGAGUGCAGUUUUUUUUAUAUUGUGAAUCUCAGAUUUUAACAUUCAACUAAAGAUAAGUAAGAUAAGAUUUUUGUUUUCUUAACAAGUGAACAGAACUUGUCGCUCUGUUUUUGCCUGUGGACAUUUUUUUGGAAAAACCUUUACAUUAACGACCGGGAUCAGGGGCUUUCACAGUACCUCAGUGCAGGAAAUGAGGAUUUUUAUGGUUCAGUGUCUCCAGUCAGGUAUCAUUUCUGCACUCUAAGUUAAUGUAGGAACCACAGAACAUCUGCUUUUUAAAGGUUUACUAGGAAUAAGGGUUAUAAAGUUUCUGACCUUGACAAUGUAUUCAGCUGGUAUUUUAUAUCAAACUGUUAAGGAUAAAAUAUGUCGGCUUGACUGGCAGAAAUAAUCUUUCUCUCAUGGAAACAGGGUUUACAUAGAAUUUUCUCAAGGGUUGUUUUAGUGAUAAUGCCAGUCAAAAAUCAAACACUUGUUAAGCUUGACACUUUGUUUUCAUCAUGACUAGAUAAUAUCCCAAACUGUGAAUGAUGUGUUAUAGGGUUCUCUUUUGUUCAGAGAUCAAUUUUAUGCUGUGACAACAAAAAAAAAGAAUAACUUCCACUGUUCUGCAACCAACAAUUUGAAUGUGUUCAGGGGAAAAGGCCGAACCUUGAGUGGAAGAAAGUGUUGUA